AUGAUGUUAACCCCAAUCCCCCGCACCUACCCCGACCCCGAUCUCGGGUACGAAGCCACUCACAAGCCACCUACGAGCGCAACCCCUCACUAUCCCAUCAACCCCGUCCUUUCACCCGGCACCACUCACAGAGUUCGUUGGACCACAGCCAUCCAAGCCUUCAUCUCCGUCCUCGGCCAAGAUGCCGUCCUCAUCGACUCUGCCCUCUCCCGGUUACAUCGCCCCGUACGACCUUCCCGAGGCAGAGUCAGCAACGGACAGGCGCAAAGUCCCCAGCGUAACCGUCUGCCAUGGCUUCACGGACUAGCUGAGCGCCAUACUGAAGAUUGCCAACAAGUUCACCAUCCCACUAUGGCCUUUCUCACGGGGCAAGAACUUGAGAUAUGGCGAACCGGCGCCGAGAGUGAAGGGUUCCGUGGCGCUGGAUUCGCAUAGGAUGGAUAAUGUUAUCGAAGUGAAUGAUCAAAUCACCACGCGAUCAUGGAGCCCGGUGUAACUGUUCAUUGAUCUGUACCGGUAUUGUGUCGGAUACAGAAAGAAAGUUUGGCCAAGCACGGCGAGCUUGGAGUGGGGGUAGUGUGAUGGGGAAUCUGGGUUUCUUCUCCCAUCUUACAAUUGUAUUAGACAACGGAAAUACUUUU